AUGGCGAAUUUUUGCUGUUCCAUUGAAACGGAGCCUCGAACCUUGAACCAAGGGCAGCUCCACCAUGCCAGGGAAGUUGCCAUAGACAUAGUUCAACAGAAGGAAGCUGAUGCAGCGUCAAGCAUAUUCGUCGACGGCCUGAAACCAGUUGUUGCAAUCAAGGAGAUGGAAGUGGUGAUUUCUGAUGCAAAUUCAUAUCACAAGAUUGAUGUAUCCAAGGAAAAGACUCAGAUUCUAGAAGCAUCUUGCCAAUGUUCAUCUGCUGCUAUUAUGGAUUCACCAGAUCAAUCUAGAGUUAAAGAGCCCUUAUCAUCUCCUUUUUGA